GCCAUUCUCCACUUUCAGAGCCUGGAGUUACAACUAUACAGACUUGGAGAGGAGAGGCACAGCUCACCAUAGCAAACUAAGGGAGACACGGCAACAGAUUGUUGGGUGGAGGCGCACAGGGUGCCUUUCUAAACUGGGGAAACGGGACUCGCAGCUGAGGAUGAGAGCCUGGACACUUUAAACAUAAGAAGGUUCUUGAGGGGAGACGAACAAUUUUGUUUUAUCAUUUUUUGCUGCUUCAGUGGCGUGGGUGGCUCAGUGGAUGAAUCCAGCUUUUGACUAACAAGACAUUUCUGGAAUUGGUGAUUGCUGAAAAUGUUGUUGCUGUUUUUCAGGCAGUGGCGGGACCUGAUCCAAGGCUGACGGGGAUCCAGUGUUUCCUUUUUCUGAACAGUGCAUUUGUGUGCAGGUACCUAAAAAGAGAAGAAGAUGGCAGAAGAAGAAGAUACUCGGGAAGUGUUGUUUCCUGAUUGGAUGGGCCCUGACAAGCAUGGGCUUACCAUUGAACAAACCAGCGAGGGAGAGAUUUAUGUGAAGGAGGUGAAGAAUGAGUCACCUGCCGGCAAGACUGGGAAGGUGCACCAAGGAGAUCAAAUCGUGGGAGCAACCAUCUACUUUGAGAACAUGAGCUCAGAGGAGACAUCAGAGCUCUUGAAAACUUUGAAUCGGCAUACAGUAGGACUGAAGCUGCAGCGCAAAGGAGACAAGUCACCAUGUCGCUCCCCUGGACCAGGGAUGGCCUGGGAAGGAAGCAGUCAAUUUGGAGGCUCAAGCCCUGACAUUGUUCUGAGUGGGGAUGAUGAAGAUUACAGGCGUCUAUACACAAAGAAGAUUAAACCUCGACUGAAGUCUGAAGAUUUGACAGAAAGUCCUGAUUCACAGAGUGAAAGACAUAGCAGUACCAUCACAGUGACACGAAAAGUUACAACGUACACGGUUGAUGUGUCUGGAUCUAAAGAUAUUGAUGUUACUAGUCCGGAGUUCAAAGUCAAAGUUCCAAGACGGGAAGGAUCAGAAAGCUCAGCAAUGGAUAUUGACACAAAAUUUUCAGUUUCUAAAAGCAGCAUCCCCCAAAUCAACCUUGGAGGAAAGACAAUAAUAGAAAAAAGUUUAGACACUAGAGGAAGGUCAAAUAUUCGCCUGGAAGGAAGUGGCAUCAGAGAAAUUAGAAGCUCAACAUUUAAAACGGAUGUUGGCGGUCACAGUAUCGAAGGAUUAGAUGGCAAAUCAAUGAAAUUCUCAGUUCCUGGAAUUCAAAUAUCUGAAUCUAAUGUACAUGGGCCAGAUGGCAGUGCUGAUUUUGCUGGAUCAAACAUUGGAUUCAAUGCUUCACGAGUCUCCACCGACAGUGACACUAGAGUCCCUGGUGGAAAAGUUACAGUGACUGAAACAUUCAGAUAUACCACUAAAGGAGGCACAAUAGACAUGCCCUCUGCAGACAUGCAAAAAUCCAAACGAAGUGAACAUGAUAUUACUGUCUCGUUACCGGAAAUGACUGCAAAUGCUAAAGAUCUAAGUGGUGAUAUACACAGUUCUGGAAUCACCAUUGAAGGGCAUAAAGGCAAAAUUGGUUUGAUUUCAUAUGAACUUUCUGGAGGCAAAGAAAGCAGUAAAAUGGAUGUGACAAUGCCUCAAGUAAAAUCUGCCAUAAAAGAUCCAAAGAUGCAAAGUGAUGGCAGUGUAAGUCUGGGAUCCUACCAUAUCAGCAGAGGUUCUAAGGAAACUGAAGGCGAGUCAAAAUCAACAGAAUUUACUGUGUCAGGAGGAGAUAUUCAUGGAGGAAUAAUUGAUACAAAGGGAUCUAAAGUUUCAGUGACAUCUACCUUUUCAACUGCUGAUAUUAAAGUUUCAGAUAAAAUAAUUUCGUCAUCAGAAAUCAAUGUUAAAGGACCAGGUGCUCCAGCACACUCAGGAGAUAUUUCACUUAAAGAUAUAAGUAUUAAUGUCAAAGAAGGUUUUGCUUUACCUAAGACAGAAGGUGACAUUAAAAACCUAGAGUUUAAAGUUGAAGAGUCCUCAGCCAAAAUUAAAGGACCAUUCUUGAAUGUCUCAGAAAUGUCAUCAUCGAAAAUCUCAACUUCUGGCAUGAAAACAGACAUUACAUGUCCAGAAUUAGACAUUAAAGGUCCUGCCAUGUCUACUGGGGGAUCUAAUAUUGACAUUAAAGGGUCACAAACAGGAACUACUGUUCCUAAAAUUGGUAUUAAAGGAUACACAAUUCAUGCCCCAAAUGUUGAUGUAAAAAUACCUAGAGGAAAAGUGGAUAUUGAUGAUUCUAAUAUUAGUACUGGAAAUAUUGCAAUUAUGGGGCACUCAGAUGCCACAGUUACAAUUCCAACAAUUUCAAACACUGAAGGGAGUAUUACAAUUCCAAAUGUAGAGAUACAAGGAGGUAAUAUGAAUGUUGAGAUGCCCAAAAUAGAUACUGAAGCAAUGGAAGGUGGAUUAAAAGUGUCCAAAAUUUCCACUCCAGAAAUUCAUGGUGAUAUUAAAGUGCCUAAUGUAGAUAUAAAAGUAAACAAAAUGAAAAUAGAAGGCCCUGAAACUGGAAUUGCAGGUCCAGAAGGUGGAUUCAGAAUGCCAGCAUUGGUGAAGGGUGACAUUAAAGGUCCAAAGAUAGACAUUAAAAGUCGAGAUGUAAAUGUUGAAGGCCCAGCCAUUGACACUGAGAUAGCAGCGGGUGGAUUCAAAAUGCCCACAGUGAAAAUGCCGACAUUUGGAAUCAAAGGACCUAAAAUAGAAAGUCCAGAUAUAAAUGUGAAGAUGCCAAAAGGAGACAUUACCAUCCAUGCCCCAGAGAUUAAAGGUGGCAUCAAAGCUCCAAGGUUAGAUGCAAAGGGUCCCGAUGUGAAAAUGGAUGCACCUGCUGUGAACAUCGAAAGUGCAAAAGGGGGUUUCAAAAUGCCCACAUGUGGAAUUAAAGGAACCACAGUUGAGACCCCACAAUUAGAAAUACAGCUCCCUAAGGGUGACAUAUCUGUUCCAAAUGUAGAAGGCAAUAUCAGAGCUCCAAAGGUUGACAUUGAGGUGCCAGAUGUUGAAAUGGAAGGACCUGAAGGUAAAAUUAAGGGACCCAUAUUUAAAAUGCCUACAAUAUCUGCACCUAAAGUCUCCAUGCCUGACAUAGAUCUCAAUCUGAAAGGGCCAAAGAUUAAAGGAGACUUGGAUGAUUCUGUUCCAAUGGUAGAAGGUAAUCUCAAAGCUCCAAAAAUUGGCAUUAAAGGGCCAGAAGUUGAAGGACCAGGGAGUAAAAUUAAAGGAUCUGGACUGAAAAUGCCUACCAUAUCUGCACCAAGAAUUACAAUGCCUGAUGUUGACUUUAACAUGAAAGGCCCAAAACUAAAGGGAGAUGUGGAUGUUUCCAUCCCAAAACUGGAGCAUGAUAUUCAAGGUCCAAAUAUAGACAUUAAAAGUCCAGAGGUAAAUGUUAAGGGCCUUACCAUUGACACUGAGAUAGCAGAGGGUGGGUUCAAAAUGCCCAAAGUGAAAAUGCCUACAGUUGGAGUCAAAGGACCUAACAUUGAAGGUCCAGAUAUAGAUGUGAAGAUACCAAAAGGAGACUUUGACAUCCAUGGCCCAAAAAUUAAGGGUGACAUCAAAUCUCCAAAGUUAGAUGUAAAAUGUCCAGAUGUAAAAAUGGAAGCUCUGGAUAUUAACAUUGAAAGUGCAGAAGGGGGUUUCAAAAUGCCAAAAAUUAAAAUGCCUACAUUUGGAAUGAAAGGACCUAAAGUUGACAGUCCAGAAUUAGAAGUAAAGCUUCCUAAAGGUGAUAUUGGCAUUUCUGGUCCAAGCCUACAAGGUGAUAUCAAAGCUCCAAAAGUUGGCAUUGAAGUACCAGAUGUGGAUAUUGAAGGACCUGAAGGAAAAAUCAAGGAACCCAAAUUUAAAAUGCCUACAAUAUCUGUGCCUGAUAUAGAUAUCAACUUGAAAGGUCCGAAGUUAAAGGGAGAUGUGGAUGUUUCAGUUCCAAAGAUAGAGGGUGAUAUCAAAGCACCAAAAAUUGACUUUGAAGGUCCAGAAGUUGAAAUAGAAGGACCAGAUGGUAAAGUCAAAGGUCCUGGAAUGAAAAUGCCUACAAUAUCGGCACCAAAGAUCUCCAUGCCUGAUAUAGAUCUCAAUCUGAAAGGGCCAAAGGUUAAAGGAGAUGUGGAUGUUUCUGUUCCAAAGAUUGAAAGUGAUAUUAAAACUUCAAAUAUAGACAUACAGGGUCCAGAAAUUAAUAUUGAGAAGCCUGAUAUUGACAUUGAAGCAAGUGAAGGUGGAUUUAAACUCCCCAAAUUCAAAAUGCCUAAAUUUGGUAUGAAAGGCCCUAAAACGGAAGUACCAGAUAUCGAUGUUAAAUCACCAAAAGGAGAUAUUAAAGUUUCAGGUUCAAAAGUUGAAUAUGAUAUUAAAACAACAAAAGUAGACAUAAAGGGCACCGACAUGAAUAUUGAGGCACCUGAGAUUGACAUAGAAGGAAAUGAAGGUGGAUUUAAAAUGCCAAAACUUCGAAUGCCUAAGUUUGGAAUGAAAGGGCCAAAACCUGAAGGCCCAGAUGUAGAUGUAAAAUUACCUAAAGAGGCUAUUACUAUUCAUGCCCCUAAAAUUGAAGGUGACUUUAAAGCUCCAAAAGUAGAUAUUAAGGGCCCAGAAGUGAAAAUAGAAGGGCCUGGCACUGAUUUUGAAACAACAGAGGGAGGGUUCAAAUUGCCCAAAUUCAAAAUGCCCAAAUUUGGAAUGAAGGGGCCCAAAAUUGAAGGUGCAGAUAUAGAUACAAAACUUCCAAAGGAAGAAAUUGAUGUUUCUGGGCCAAGCGUAGAAGCUGAUAUGAAAGUUCCACAUGUUGAUGUUGAAGGGCCAGAAGUUGACAUUGAAGGGCCGGAAGGUAAAAUAAAGGGUCCAAAGUUCAAAAUGCCAAAAUUUGGAGUAAAAGGACCUAAAAUUGAAGGCCCUGAUAUAUAUGUAAAAUUACCCAAAGCAGACCUGGAUAUGUCUGUCCUGAAAAUAGAAGGUGGCAUAAAAGCUCCAGAAGCAGACAUAGAGGACCCCAAUUUAAACAUUCAAGGACCAGACAUUGAUAUUGAAGGCCCAGAAGGUGGCUUCAGAAUGCCCAAAUUGAAAAUGCCGAAGUUUGGAUUUAAAGGGCCUGAAGUAGAAGGUCCAGAAGUAGAUGCGAGCCUACCAAAGGGUCAUAUUGAUAUUUCUGGUCCAAGCAUUGGAGGUGAUAUUAAAGGACCCAAGGUUGACAUUGAAGGACCUGAAGGCAAAAUCAAGGGUCCAAAAUUCAAAAUGCCUAAGAUUUCCAGUCCAAAUAUAUCUAUGCCUGACAUAGACCUUAACCUGAAAGGACCAAAAUUAAAAGGAGAUGUUGAUGUUUCAGUUCCAAAAAUUGAAGGUGACCUUCAUGCACCAAAAGUGGAUAUUAAAGGAGCUGAUAUGAAUAUUGAAGGACCAGAUGUUAACAUUGAAGGACCUGAGGGAGGAUUCAAAAUGCCAAAGUUCAAAAUGCCAAAAUUUGGAAUGAAAGGCCCUAAACUUGAAGGCCCUGAUAUAGAUGUAAAAUUACCAAAAGGGAACAUGGAUGUGUCUGGACCUAACCUAGAUAUUAAAGGGCCUGAAGUUGACAUUGAAGGGCCUGAAGGCAAAAUUAAAGGUCCUACAUUCAAAAUGCCUACUGUUUCUGCACCAAAGAUUGCAAUGCCUGAUUUAGAUCUUCAUUUGAAAGGGCCAAAGGUUAAAGGAGAUGUGGAUGUUUCUGUUCCAAAGAUAGAGGGUGACAUCAAAGCACCAAAAGUUGAUAUUGAAGGUCCGGAAGUUGACAUUGAAGGACCCGAAGGUAAAAUCAAAGGCCCUAAAUUCAAAAUGCCGAAAUUUUCUGCACCAAAGAUUUCGAUGCCUGAUAUUGAUCUCAACCUGAAAGGUCCAAAACUAAAGGGUGAUGUGGAUGUUUCAGUUCCCAAGAUAGAGGGAGAUAUUGAAGGGCCAGAUGUUGACAUUGAAGGACCGGAAGGCAAAAUCAAGGGGCCUAAAUUCAAAAUGCCACCAAUUUCUGCUCCAAAGAUUUCAAUGCCUGAUAUUGACUUCAACCUGAGAGGCCCCAAAGUAAAGGGUGAUGUGGAUGUGUCAGUUCCAAAGAUAGAGGGAGAUAUCAAAGGACCCAAGGUUGACAUUGAAGGGCCAGAUGUUAACAUUGAAGGCCCUGAAGGUAAAAUCAAGGGCCCUAAAUUCCAAAUGCCAAAAAUUUCUGCACCAAAGAUUUCUAUGCCUGAUUUUGAUCUCAACCUGAAAGGUCCAAAACUAAAGGGUGAUGUGGAUGUUUCAGUUCCAAAGAUAGAGGGAGAUAUCAAAGGGCCGAAACUUGACAUUGAAGGGACAGAUGUUAACAUUGAAGGCCCUGAAGGCAAAAUCAAGGGCCCUAAAUUCCAAAUGCCCAAAAUUUCUGCACCAAAGAUUUCGAUGCCUGAUAUUGAUCUCAACCUGAAAGGUCCAAAACUAAAGAGUGAUGUGGAUGUUUCAGUUCCCAAGAUAGAGGGAGAUAUUGAAGGGCCAGAUGUUGACAUUGAAGGACCUGAAGGCAAAAUCAAGGGCCCUAAAUUCCAAAUGCCAAAAAUUUCUGCUCCAAAGAUUUCAAUGCCUGAUAUUGACUUCAACCUGAGAGGCCCGAAAGUAAAGGGUGAUGUGGAUGUGUCAGUUCCAAAGAUACAGGGAGAUAUUAAAGGACCCAAGGUUGACAUUGAAGGGCCAGAUGUUAACAUUGAAGGCCCUGAAGGCAAAAUCAAGGGCCCUAAAUUCCAAAUGCCAAAAAUUUCUACACCGAACAUUUCUAUGCCUGAUUUUGAUCUCAACCUGAAAGGCCCAAAACUAAAGGGUGAUGUGGAUGUUUCAGUUCCAAAGAUAGAGGGAGAUAUCAAAGGACCGAAGGUUGACAUUGAAGGGCCAGAUGUUGACAUUGAAGGACCCGAAGGUAAAAUCAAGGGCCCUAAAUUCCAAAUGCCAAAAAUUUCUGCUCCAAAGAUUUCGAUGCCUGAUAUUGACUUCAACCUGAGAGGCCCCAAAGUAAAGGGUGAUGUGGAUGUGUCAGUUCCAAAGAUAGAGGGAGAUAUUAAAGGACCCAAGGUUGACAUUGAAGGGCCAGAUGUUGACAUUGAAGGACCCGAAGGUAAAAUCAAAGGUUCGAAAUUCAAAAUGCCAAAAAUUUCUGCACCAAAGAUUUCAAUGCCUGAUAUUGAUCUUAACCUGAAAGGUCCAAAACUAAAGGGUGAUAUAGAUGUUUCAGUUCCCAAGAUAGAGGGAGAUAUUAAAGGACCGAAGGUUGAUAUUGAAGGGCCAGAUGUUGACAUUGAAGGACCUGAAGGCAAAAUCAAGGGCCCUAAAUUCCAAAUGCCAAAAAUUUCUGCUCCAAAGAUUUCAAUGCCUGAUAUUGACUUCAACCUAAGAGGCCCCAAAGUAAAGGGUGAUGUGGAUGUGUCAGUUCCAAAGAUAGAGGGAGAUAUUAAAGGACCCAAAGUUGACAUUGAAGGGCCACAAGUUGACAUUGAAGGACCCGAAGGCAAAAUCAAGGGCCCUAAAUUCCAAAUGCCAAAAAUUUCUGCACCAAAGAUUUCUAUGCCUGAUUUUGAUCUCAACCUGAAGGGUCCAAAACUAAAGGGUGAUGUGGAUGUUUCAGUUCCAAAGAUAGAGGGAGAUAUUGAAGGGCCAGAUGUUGAUAUUGAAGGACCCGAAGAUGUUGAUAUUGAAGGACCCGAAGGUAAAAUCAAGGGCCCUAAAUUCCAAAUGCCAAAAAUUUCUGCACCAAAGAUUUCGAUGCCUGAUAUUGAUCUCAACCUGAAAGGUCCAAAACUAAAAGGUGAUGUGGAUGUUUCAGUUCCAAAGAUAGAGGGAGAUAUCAAAGGACCCAAGGUUGACAUUGAAGGGCCAGAUGUUGACAUUGAAGGACCCGAAGGUAAAAUCAAGGGCCCUAAAUUCAAAAUGCCAAAAAUUUCUGCACCAAAGAUUUCAAUGCCUGAUAUUGAUCUCAACCUGAAAAGUCCAAAACUAAAGGGUGAUGUGGAUGUUUCAGUUCCCAAGAUAGAGGGAGAUAUUAAAGGACCGAAGGUUGAUAUUGAAGGGCCAGAUGUUGACAUUGAAGGACCUGAAGGCAAAAUCAAGGGUCCUAAAUUCCAAAUGCCAAAAAUUUCUGCUCCAAAGAUUUCAAUGCCUGAUAUUGACUUCAACCUAAGAGGCCCCAAAGUAAAGGGUGAUGUGGAUGUGUCAGUUCCAAAGAUAGAGGGAGAUAUUAAAGGACCCAAAGUUGACAUUGAAGGGCCACAUGUUGACAUUGAAGGACCCGAAGGCAAAAUCAAGGGCCCUAAAUUCCAAAUGCCAAAAAUUUCUGCACCAAAUAUUUCUAUGCCUGAUUUUGAUCUCAACCUGAAGGGUCCAAAACUAAAGGGUGAUGUGGAUGUUUCAGUUCCAAAGAUAGAGGGAGAUAUUGAAGGGCCAGAUGUUGAUAUUGAAGGACCCGAAGGUAAAAUCAAAGGUUCGAAAUUCAAAAUGCCAAAAAUUUCUGCACCAAAGAUUUCGAUGCCUGAUAUUGAUCUCAACCUGAAAGGUCCAAAACUAAAAGGUGAUUUGGAUGUUUCAGUUCCAAAGAUAGAGGGAGAUAUUAAAGGACCCAAGGUUGACAUUGAAGGGCCAGAUGUUGACAUUGAAGGACCCGAAGGUAAAAUCAAGGGCCCUAAAUUCAAAAUGCCAAAAAUUUCUGCACCAAAGAUUUCAAUGCCUGAUAUUGAUCUCAACCUGAAAGGUCCAAAACUAAAGGGUGAUGUGGAUGUUUCAGUUCCCAAGAUAGAGGGAGAUAUUAAAGGACCGAAGGUUGAUAUUGAAGGGCCAGAUGUUGACAUUGAAGGACCUGAAGGCAAAAUCAAGGGCCCUAAAUUCCAAAUGCCAAAAAUUUCUGCACCAAAGAUUUCUAUGCCUGAUUUUGAUCUCAACCUGAAAGGUCCAAAACUAAAGGGUGAUGUGGAUGUUUCAGUUCCAAAGAUAGAGGGAGAUAUCAAAGGACCGAAGGUUGACAUUGAAGGACCCGAAGGUAAAAUCAAGGGCCCUAAAUUCCAAAUGCCAAAAAUUUCUGCUCCAAAGAUUUCAAUGCCUGAUUUUGAUCUCAACCUGAAAGGUCCAAAACUAAAGGGUGAUGUGGAUGUGUCAGUUCCAAAGAUAGAGGGAGAUAUUAAAGGACCCAAGGUUGACAUUGAAGGGCCAGAUGUUGACAUUGAAGGACCUGAAGGUAAAAUCAAGGGCCCUAAAUUCCAAAUGCCAAAAAUUUCUGCUCCAAAGAUUUCAAUGCCUGAUAUUGACUUCAACCUGAGAGGCCCCAAAGUAAAGGGUGAUGUGGAUGUGUCAGUUCCAAAGAUAGAGGGAGAUAUUAAAGGACCCAAGGUUGACAUUGAAGGGCCAGAUGUUGACAUUGAAGGACCCGAAGGUAAAAUCAAAGGUUCGAAAUUCAAAAUGCCAAAAAUUUCUGCACCAAAGAUUUCAAUGCCUGAUAUUGAUCUUAACCUGAAAGGUCCAAAACUAAAGGGUGAUGUGGAUGUUUCAGUUCCCAAGAUAGAGGGAGAUAUUGAAGGGCCAGAUGUUGAUAUUGAAGGACCCGAAGGUAAAAUCAAGGGCCCUAAAUUCCAAAUGCCAAAAAUUUCUGCACCAAAGAUUUCGAUGCCUGAUAUUGAUCUCAACCUGAAAGGUCCAAAACUAAAAGGUGAUUUGGAUGUUUCAGUUCCAAAGAUAGAGGGAGAUAUCAAAGGACCCAAGGUUGACAUUGAAGGGCCAGAUGUUGACAUUGAAGGACCCGAAGGUAAAAUCAAGGGCCCUAAAUUCAAAAUGCCAAAAAUUUCUGCACCAAAGAUUUCAAUGCCUGAUAUUGAUCUCAACCUGAAAGGUCCAAAACUAAAGGGUGAUGUGGAUGUUUCAGUUCCCAAGAUAGAGGGAGAUAUUAAAGGACCGAAGGUUGAUAUUGAAGGGCCAGAUGUUGACAUUGAAGGACCUGAAGGCAAAAUCAAGGGCCCUAAAUUCCAAAUGCCAAAAAUUUCUGCUUCAAAGAUUUCAAUGCCUGAUAUUGACUUCAACCUGAGAGGCCCCAAAGUAAAGGGUGAUGUGGAUGUGUCAGUUCCAAAGAUAGAGGGAGAUAUUAAAGGACCCAAAGUUGACAUUGAAGGGCCACAUGUUGACAUUGAAGGACCCGAAGGCAAAAUCAAGGGCCCUAAAUUCCAAAUGCCAAAAAUUUCUGCACCAAAGAUUUCUAUGCCUGAUUUUGAUCUCAACCUGAAAGGUCCAAAACUAAAGGGUGAUGUGGAUGUUUCAGUUCCAAAGAUAGAGGGAGAUAUCAAAGGACCGAAGGUUGACAUUGAAGGACCCGAAGGUAAAAUCAAGGGCCCUAAAUUCCAAAUGCCAAAAAUUUCUGCUCCAAAGAUUUCAAUGCCUGAUUUUGAUCUCAACCUGAAAGGUCCAAAACUAAAGGGUGAUGUGGAUGUGUCAGUUCCAAAGAUAGAGGGAGAUAUUAAAGGACCUAAGGUUGACAUUGAAGGGCCAGAUGUUGACAUUGAAGGACCUGAAGGUAAAAUCAAGGGCCCUAAAUUCCAAAUGCCAAAAAUUUCUGCUCCAAAGAUUUCAAUGCCUGAUAUUGACUUCAACCUGAGAGGCCCCAAAGUAAAGGGUGAUGUGGAUGUGUCAGUUCCAAAGAUAGAGGGAGAUAUUAAAGGACCCAAGGUUGACAUUGAAGGGCCAGAUGUUGACAUUGAAGGACCCGAAGGUAAAAUCAAAGGUUCGAAAUUCAAAAUGCCAAAACUUUCUGCACCAAAGAUUUCAAUGCCUGAUAUUGAUCUUAACCUGAAAGGUCCAAAACUAAAGGGUGAUAUAGAUGUUUCAGUUCCCAAGAUAGAGGGAGAUAUUAAAGGACCGAAGGUUGACAUUGAAGGGCCAGAUGUUGACAUUGAAGGACCUGAAGGCAAAAUCAAGGGCCCUAAAUUCCUAAUGCCAAAAAUUUCUGCUCCAAAGAUUUCAAUGCCUGAUAUUGACUUCAACCUGAGAGGCCCCAAAGUAAAGGGUGAUGUGGAUGUUUCAGUUCCAAAGAUAGAGGGAGAUAUCAAAGGACCCAAGGUUGACAUUGAAGGGCCAGAUGUUGACAUUGAAGGACCCGAAGGUAAAAUCAAAGGUCCGAAAUUCAAAAUGCCAAAAAUUUCUGCACCAAAGAUUUCAAUGCCUGAUAUUGAUCUUAACCUGAAAAGUCCAAAACUAAAGGGCGAUGUGGAUGUUUCAGUUCCCAUGAUAGAGGGAGAUAUUGAAGGGCCAGAUGUUGACAUUGAAGGACCUGAAGGUAAAAUCAUAGGUCCGAAAUUCAAAAUGCCAAAAAUUUCUGCACCAAAGAUUUCAAUGCCUGAUAUUGAUCUCAAACUGAAAGGUCCAAAACUACAGGGUGAUGUGGAUGUUUUAGUUCCCAAGAUAGAAGGAGAUAUUGAAGGGCCAGAUGUUGACAUUGAAGGACCUGAAGGCAAAAUCAAGGGCCCUAAAUUCCAAAUGCCAUCAAUUUCUGCUCCAAAGAUUUCAAUGCCUGAUAUUGACUUCAACCUGAAAGGCCCCAAAGUAAAGGGUGAUGUGGAUGUUUCAGUUCCAAAGAUAGAGGGAGAUAUCAAAGGACCCAAGGUUGACAUUGAAGGGCCAGAUGUUGACAUUGAAGGACCCGAAGGUAAAAUCAAGGGCCCUAAAUUCAAAAUGCCCAAAAUUUCUGCACCAAAGAUUUCGAUGCCUGAUUUUGAUCUCAACCUGAAAGGUCCAAAACUAAAGGGUGAUGUGGAUGUUUCAGUUCCAAAGAUAGAGGGAGAUAUCAAAGGACCCAAGGUUGACAUUGAAGGGCCAGAUGUUGACAUUGAAGGCCCUGAAGGUAAAAUCAAGGGCCCUAAAUUCAAAAUGCCAAAAAUUUCUGCACCAAAUAUUUCUAUGCCUGAUAUUGAUCUCAACUUGAAAGGUCCAAAACUAAAGAGUGAUGUGGUUGUUUCAAUUCCCAAGAUUGAGGGAGAUAUUAAAGGACCCAAGGUUGACAUUGAAGGGCCAGAUGUUGACAUUGAAGGACCCGAAGGUAAAAUCAAGGGCCCUAAAUUCAAAAUGCCAAAAAUUUCUGCACCAAAGAUUUCGAUGCCUGAUAUUGAUCUCAACCUGAAAGGUCCAAAACUAAAGGGUGAUGUGGAUGUUUCAGUUCCCAAGAUAGAGGGAGAUAUUAAAGGACCGAAGGUUGACAUUGAAGGCCCAGAUUUUGAUAUUGAAGGACCUGAUGGUAAAAUCAAGGGCCCUACAUUCAAAAUGCCAUCAAUUUCUGCUCCAAAGAUUUCAAUGCCUGAUAUUGACUUCAACCUAAAAGGUCCAAAACUUAAGAGUGAUGUGGAUGUUUCAGUUCCAAAGAUAGAGGGAGAUAUUGAAGGACCAAAGGUUGACAUUGAAGGGCCAGAUGUUGACAUUGAAGCACCAGAAGGAGGAUUUAAAAUGCCAAAAUUUAAAAUGCCCAAGUUUGGAAUCAAAGGCCCUAAACUUGAAGGCCCAGAUAUAGAUGUAAAAUUACCAAAAGCAGACUUGGACAUUUCUGUUCCAAAAAUAGAAGGUAACAUAAAAGCUCCAAAAGUUGAUGUAGGCACUGAUUUGAACCUUCAGGGACCUGAUGUUAACAUAGAAGGACCAGAAGGUGGUUUUAAAAUGCCUAAAUUUAAAUUGCCCAAGUUUGGAAUCAAAGGACCUAAGGCAGAAGCUCCUGAUGUAGAUGUAAGCUUACCUAAAGGCAACAUUGAUAUAUCUGGUCCAAACAUAGAGUGUGAUGUGAAGGGACCUAAAGUGGACAUUGAAGGCCCGGAUUUUGAUAUUGAGGGACCUGAUGGUAAAAUAAAGGGUCCUAAAUUCAAAAUGGGAACAGUUUCUGGACCAAAGAUAUCUAUGCCUGAUAUUGAUUUCAAUUUGAAGUCACCAAAGCUGAAAGGAGACAUGGAUGUUUCGGGGCCAAAGUUUGAAGGUGAUAUAAAAUCUCCAAAGUUAGAUGUCAAAGGUCCAGAUAUGAGUAUAAGUUCACCAACUUUUGAUGUCAAAGGUCAUGAGGGUGGUUUUAAAAAGCCCAAAUUCAAAAUGCCAAAAUUUGGCUUUAAAGGUUCUAAGGCUGAAAGCCCAGAUAUUGAUGUAAAACUGCCUAAAGGAGAUAUAAAUGUAUCUGGCCCAAAAAUUGAAGGAGACAUAAGGAGCCCAGUGGUUGAUAUUGAAGGGCCUGAUGUGGAAAUUGAGAGCCCAGAUGCUAAAAUAAAAGGUCCAAAGUUCAAGAUGCCCAAGAUAUCAAUGCCUGAUGUGGAAUUUAAUGUGAAAAGCCCAAAGUUAAAAGGAGAAGCCGAUAUUUCAAGUCCCAAGAUUGAAGGUGAUAUAAAAUCUCCAAAAUUUGACAUCAGAACACCUGAUCUUGAAGGGCCAGAUAUUGACAUCAAAGGACAUGAGGGAGGUUUCAAAAUGCCCAAAUUUAAAAUGCCAAAAUUUGGAUUUAAAGGCUCUACAAUUGAAGGCCCAAGUGUAGAUGUAAAUCUGCCUAAAGCAAAUGUUGAUGUUACUGGUCCAACAUUUGAAGGUGAUAUCAAAGAGCCUAAAGUGGAGAUGGAAGGGCCAGAUGUUGACAUUGAAGGACCUGAGGGUAAAAUCAAAGGGCCUAAGUUUAAAAUACCUAACAUUUCUGGACCAAAGAUCUCAAUGCCUGAUAUAGACAUCAACUUAAAAGGACCAAAAGUGAAAGGAGACAUUAAUGCCUCAGUUCCUAAAGUAGAAGGAGAUAUUAAAAUUGAAGGACCAGAUAUGGAUAUUGAUGGGCCAGAAGGUAAACUUAAAGGACAUACGUUCAAAAUGCCAACAAUAUCUGGACCAAAUAUAUCUAUGCCCAAUAUUGACUUUAAUCUAAAAGGCCCAAAAUUAAAGGGAGACAUGGACAUUUCUGUUCCAACUGUAGAAGGAGAUAUUAAAGGACCAGAUGUCGGCAUUGAAGGUCCAGAGGGUGGAUUUAAAAUGCCAAAAUUAAAGAUGCCAAAAUUUGGAAUCAAGGGUCCUCAUAUAGAAGGUCUAGAUGUUGAUGUGAACUUGCCCAAAGCAGAUAUUGAUGUAUCUGGUCCAAAGAUGGAAGGGGAAAUUGAAGGACCUGAUAUUGACAUUGAAGGCCCAGAUGUUGACAUUGAAGGACCUGAGGGUAAAAUAAAAGGGCCUAAAUUCAAAAUGCCCAAAAUUUCAGGACCAAACAUAUCCAUGCCUGAUAUAGAUCUUAAUUUUAAAGGACCAAAACUAAAAGGAGACAUUGAUGUUUCAGCACCUAAGAUUGAAGGUGACCUUAAUUCUCCAAAAGCAGACAUUAAAGGACCUGAUAUGAAUAUUGAAGGGCCAGAUAUUAACAUUGAGGGACCUGAAGGUGGAUUCAAAAUGCCUAAAUUUAAAAUUCCUAAAUUUGGAGUAAAGGGACCUAAAAGUGAAGGUCCAGAUAUUGAUGUGAACUUGCCUGAAGCAGAAAUUGAUCUAUCUGGACCUAAAAUAGAAGGAGACAUUGAAGGACCUGAUGUUGACAUUGAAGGACCGGAGGGUAAAAUAAAGGGGCCAAAAUUCAAAAUGCCUAAAAUUACUGGUCCAAACCUCUCUAUGCCUGAUAUAGACCUGAAUCUGAAAGGACCAAAAUUGAAAGGAGAUGUUGAUGUUUCAGUUCCUAAAUUGGAAGGUGACAUUCAUGCACCAAAGAUGGAUAUUAAAGGACCUGAUAUGAGUAUUGAAGGACCUGAAGGUGGAUUCAAAAUGCCUAAAUUUAAAAUUCCUAAAUUUGGAGUAAAGGGACCUAAAGGUGAAGGUCCAGAUAUUGAUGUGAACUUGCCUGAAGCAGAAAUUGAUCUAUCUGGUCCAAAGAUAGAAGGUGAACUUGAGGGACCUGACAUUGAGUGCCCAGAAGGAAAAAUUAAAGGUCCCAAAUUCAAGAUGCCACACAUUUCUGGCCCAAAUAUAAAAAUGCCCCACAUGGAUUUCAAUCUGAAAGGGCCCAAGCUUAAGGGAGACAUGGAUGUUACAGGACCUAAAAUAGAAGGAGACAUUGAAGGACCUGAUGUUGACAUUGAAGGACCUGAGGGUAAAAUAAAGGGGCCAAAAUUCAAAAUGCCUAAAAUUACUGGUCCAAACCUCUCUAUGCCUGAUAUAGACCUGAAUCUGAAAGGACCAAAAUUGAAAGGAGAUGUUGAUGUUUCAGUUCCUAAAUUGGAAGGUGACAUUCAUGCACCAAAGAUGGAUAUUAAAGGACCUGAUAUGAGUAUUGAAGGACCUGAAGGUGGAUUCAAAAUGCCUAAAUUUAAAAUUCCUAAAUUUGGAGUAAAGGGACCUAAAGUUGAAGGUCCAGAUAUUGAUGUGAACUUGCCUGAAGCAGAAAUUGAUCUAUCUGGUCCAAAGAUAGAAGGUGAACUUGAGGGACCUGACAUUGAGUGCCCAGAAGGAAAAAUUAAAGGUCCCAAAUUCAAGAUGCCACACAUUUCUGGCCCAAAUAUAAAAAUGCCCCACAUGGAUUUCAAUCUGAAAGGGCCCAAGCUUAAGGGAGACAUGGAUGUUACAGGACCUAAAAUAGAAGGAGACAUUGAAGGACCUGAUGUUGACAUUGAAGGACCUGAGGGUAAAAUAAAGGGGCCAAAAUUCAAAAUGCCUAAAAUUACUGGUCCAAACCUCUCUAUGCCUGAUAUAGACCUGAAUCUGAAAGGACCAAAAUUGAAAGGAGAUGUUGAUGUUUCAGUUCCUAAAUUGGAAGGUGACAUUCAUGCACCAAAGAUGGAUAUUAAAGGACCUGAUAUGAGUAUUGAAGGACCUGAAGGAAAAAUUAAAGGUCCCAAAUUCAAGAUGCCACACAUUUCUGGCCCAAAUAUAAAAAUGCCCCACAUGGAUUUCAAUCUGAAAGGGCCCAAGCUUAAGGGAGACAUGGAUGUUACAGGACCUAAAAUAGAAGGAGACAUUGAAGGACCUGAUGUUGACAUUGAAGGACCUGAGGGUAAAAUAAAGGGGCCAAAAUUCAAAAUGCCUAAAAUUACUGGUCCAAACCUCUCUAUGCCUGAUAUAGACCUGAAUCUGAAAGGACCAAAAUUGAAAGGAGAUGUUGAUGUUUCAGUUCCAAAUUUUGAAGGUGACCUUCAUGCACCAAAAGUGGAUAUUAAAGGACCUGAUAUGAAUAUUGAAGGGCCAGAUGUUAACAUUGAAGGACCUGAAGGUGGAUUCAAAAUGCCCAAAUUUAAAGUGCCUAAGUUUGGAGUAAAGGGGCCCAAAUUUGGAGGUCCAGAUAUAGACGUGAACUUACCUAAAGCAGAUAUUGAUGUCUCCGGUCCAAAGAUAGAAGGUGAAAUAGAAUGUCCUGAGUUUGAGUGUCCAGAAGGAAAAAUUAAAGGUCCCAAAUUCAAGAUGCCACACAUUUCUGGCCCAAAUAUAAAAAUGCCCCACAUGGAUUUCAAUCUGAAAGGGCCCAAGCUUAAGGGAGACAUGGAUGUUACAGGACCUAAAAUAGAAGGAGACAUUGAAGGACCUGAUGUUGACAUUGAAGGACCUGAGGGUAAAAUAAAGGGGCCAAAAUUCAAAAUGCCUAAAAUUACUGGUCCAAACCUCUCUAUGCCUGAUAUAGACCUGAAUCUGAAAGGACCAAAAUUGAAAGGAGAUGUUGAUGUUUCAGUUCCUAAAUUGGAAGGUGACAUUCAUGCACCAAAGAUGGAUAUUAAAGGACCUGAUAUGAGUAUUGAAGGACCUGAAGGUGGAUUCAAAAUGCCUAAAUUUAAAAUUCCUAAAUUUGGAGUAAAGGGACCUAAAGGUGAAGGUCCAGAUAUUGAUGUGAACUUGCCUGAAGCAGAAAUUGAUCUAUCUGGUCCAAAGAUAGAAGGUGAACUUGAGGGACCUGAUAUUGAGUGCCCAGAAGGAAAAAUUAAAGGUCCCAAAUUCAAGAUGCCACACAUUUCUGGCCCAAAUAUAAAAAUGCCCCACAUGGAUUUUAAUCUGAAAGUGCCCAAGCUUAAGGGAGACAUGGAUGUUACAGGACCUAAAAUAGAAGGAGACAUUGAAGGACCUGAUGUUGACAUUGAAGGACCUGAGGGUAAAAUAAAGGGGCCAAAAUUCAAAAUGCCUAAAAUUACUGGUCCAAACCUCUCUAUGCCUGAUAUAGACCUGAAUCUGAAAGGACCAAAAUUGAAAGGAGAUGUUGAUGUUUCAGUUCCAAAAAUUGAAGGUGACCUUCAUACACCAAAAGUGGAUAUUAAAGGACCUGAUAUGAAUAUUGAAGGGCCAGAUGUUAACAUUGAAGGACCUGAAGGUGGAUUCAAAAUGCCCAAAUUUAAAGUGCCUAAGUUUGGAGUAAAGGGGCCCAAAUUUGGAGGUCCAGAUAUAGACGUGAACUUACCUAAAGCAGAUAUUGAUGUCUCCGGUCCAAAGAUAGAAGGUGAAAUAGAAGGUCCUGAGUUUGAGGGCCCAGAAGGAAAAAUUAAAGGUCCCAAAUUCAAGAUGCCACACAUUUCUGGCCCAAAUAUAAAAAUGCCCCACAUGGAUUUCAAUCUGAAAGGGCCCAAGCUUAAGGGAGACAUGGAUGUUACUGGUCCUAAAGUAGAAGGAGGCAUUGAAGGCCCUGAUGUUGACAUUGAAGGACCUGAGGGUAAAAUAAAGGGGCCAAAAUUCAAAAUGCCCAAAAUUUCAGGGCCGAACAUAUCCAUGCCUGACAUAGAUCUUAAUCUGAAAGGACCAAAAUUAAAAGGAGAUGUUGAUGUUUCAGUUCCAAAAAUUGAAGGUGACAUUCAUGCUCCAGAAGUAGACAUUAAAGGUCCUGAUGUGAAUAUUGAAGGACCAGAUCUUGAUAUUGAAGGACCUGAAGGUGGAUUCAAAAUGCCAAAAUUGAAAAUGCCGAAGUUUGGAAUAAAGGGACCUAAAUUUGAAGGUCCCGAUGUAAAUGUGAACUUACCUAAAGAAGAUAUUGAUAUAUAUGGCCCAAAGAUUGAAGGUGAAAUUGAGGGUCCUCACAUUGACAUUGAAGGCCCAGAAGGAAAAAUUAAAGGUCCCAAAUUCAAGAUGCCAGUAAUUUCUGGCCCAAAUAUAAAAAUGCCCCACAUGGAUUUCAAUCUUAAAGGGCCCAAGCUUAAGGGAGACAUAGAUGUUGCAGGACCCAAGGUAGAAGGAGAUAUCGAAGGCCCAGAUAUUGACAUUGAAGGACCGGAGGGUAAAAUUAAGGGGCCAAAAUUCAAAAUGCCUAAAAUUUCAGGACCAAACAUCUCUAUGCCUGAUAUAGAUCUUAAUUUUAAAGGACCAAAACUAAAGGGAGAUAUAAAUGCUUCAGUUCCUAAGAUUGAAGGUGAUAUUCAAGCUCCAAAAGUAGACAUUAAGGGACCUGAUUUGAAUAUCGAAGGACCAGAUGUUGACAUUGAAGGACCAGAAGGUGGAUUCAAGAAGCCAAAAUUUAAAAUGCCAAAGUUUGGAAUAAAGGGACCUAAAUUUGAAGGUCCCGAUGUAGAUGUGAACUUACCUAAAGGAGAUAUUGACAUAGCUGGGCCAAAAAUAGAAGGUGAUAUUAAAGGGCUUGAUGUUGAUAUAGAAGGACCUGAAGGGAAAAUCAAAGGACCGAAAUUAAAAAUGCCUACAAUAACAGGACCAAAGAUAUCAAUGCCUGAUAUUGACCUUAACCUGAAAGGUCCAAAGCUAAAAGGAGAUGUUGAUAUUGACUCUCCAGAUAUUAACAGUGAAGGUUUGGAUUUACAUCUCCCAAAACUGAAGCUUCCUAAAUUUGGCAUAUCUGGGCCAUCUGUGGGAGGGCCUAAGUUUGAUGCAAGUGUGCCUUCAGCAGACCUCAAACUUUCUGGUCCCAAGGUUGAAGGUGACCUGAAGGUUAAAAGUCCUAAUGUUGAUCUUAAGGGACCGAGUGCUGAUGUAAAUAUCAGUGCUCCUGAUGUUAAUAUUGAAGGCCCAGAUAUUAAAAUGCCAAAGGUGAAAAAGCCAAAAUUUGGAUUUGGCUUCAAAGGUCCUAAGGCAGACAUGAAAUCUCGCUCUGCUGAAAUACCAACGGCUGAGGCUGACAUCAGUGUUGACAGCCCUGAUCUUGAUGUUGACAUUAAAGGGAAGAAAGGAAAAUUUAAGAUGCCAAAAAUGAAGACAAAAGUCAAAAAGCCUGAUGCUAGUAUUGAUUUAAAAUCACCCGAUGCCGACAUCACUUUUGACACCCCGGAUGUUCAUUUAAAACCUGCAAAGGGAAAGAAGGCUUUUUUUGGCAAAAUCAGUUUUCCUGAUGUUGAAUUUGACAUAAAAUCACCAAAAGUAAAAGGUGAUGCAUAUGUUUCAGGGCCCAAAAUUGAAGGGGACCUAAAAACACCUGACAUUGAAUUGCCAUCAGCAAGUAUUAAAACUGACAUACACACACCAGACAUUGAGGGUCCUAAUGUCAAAGGCAAAGGUCCCAAGUUAAAAAUGGGUGAUUUUGAUAUUAACCUGAAAGGACCUAAAGUAAAGGGAGAUAUGUCUGCACCAAAACUUGAAGGAGACAUCACAGCUCCAGGUCUUGAUUUGAAAAUGGAUGCUCCCGAUGUCCGUUUUAAGGGUCCAAAACUAGAAACAGGAGGUGAUAUUAAGCUGAAAGGUCCAAAAAUAGACAUUGAGACUCCAAAAUUGUCUGGAGACUUAGGAGAGCCUAGUAUUGACCUGAAAGGAGCAGAUUUUGAUAUUGAUGGUGCAGAAGGCAAGAUAAAGGUUCCUAAAAUCAAGCUGCCAAAGGCAGACAUUAAAGCACCAAAGAUUACGCUCCCAGAUUUGGAUAUUAACCUUAAGGGGCCCAAAGUCAAAGGAGAUUUUAAUAUGUCUGGGGAUGCUCAGAUUCCAAAUUUACAGACUGACGGAGGCCUUGAUGUUUCUGGAGACAUGAAAGGACCAAAGAUUGAUAUUGAAGGCCCCAGCAUGAACAUUGCAGGUCCAGAAGGAAAAAUCAAAGGCUCUAAGGUUAAAAUGCCAACAUUAGAUAUAAAUGUCCCAAAAAUAUCUGGCCCAGAUUUGGAUAUUAACCUCAAAGGUCCCAAAGUCAAAGGAGACCUUGACUGUUCAGGGGAAAUUAAAGUUCCAAAAUUAGAGGUCCACAAGCCUGACAUAGAUGUUGAAGGUCCUGAAGAAAAAUUUACUGGUCCUAAUAUAAAACUGCCUACAUUUGGAAUCAAGGGUUUUGGUGGUUCUAAACUGGAAGGCCCAGAACUUGACUUGAAUGUAAAAAGUCCAAAAGGAACCUUAUCUGGUCCACAGGUUCAAAGUGCUGUGACUGUUCCAGAGGGAAAUGUAAGUGUCAGUGCACCAGAUCUCAAAAUUGAAUCUGAUGCCGAAUUGAAAGGUGGCAAAUAUAAAAUGCCAUCAUUUGGUAUUUCAACGACUAAACCUGAUUCUGACAUAAAGUUGAAAAGUCCGAAAGUAAAAGGAGACUUUGAUAUUUCGGGUGAUGUAAACACGAAAAACCUUGGAGCAGAAAUAAAAGGUCCAUCUGUGAAUAUGUCUGCUCCCCAAUUGUCUGGUCCUGAACUUGAGGUGUCUGGUGGUGUUAAAGGAGGUUUUGGAAUGGAACAAUCUCAUUUGUCAGGUCCAAAAGUAGGUCUCUCGGGCCCUAGCAUUGAAGGGGGGUUCAAAGGGCAGAAAGUUGAUAUAAGUGUUCCAGGUGUAGAUGUAGAUGUUGGUGGGUUUGAUCUUGAAGGAGAGCUUGGCAAAGUUGCUAUUCCAAAAUUGAAGCUGCCCAUGUUUACAGCAGGAGGACAAGAAAAGGCAGUUGAUGUAGGUUCUGCAGAGAUGCAGAUGGGCAUAGAAGCAGGUCAGAAGAAAAAAAUUGAAUUGAAAGGUGAGGGCAUGGCAGGUAUAGAUAUUAAAGGCCCCAAAGUGAGUGGGCAACUUCCUGGAAUUGAGGUCAAAGGAGCUGAAAUCAAGAGUGGAGGAAAGUCAAAAAUUAAAAUGCCAAAGUUCUUUCAUAAAUCGAAGGCCAAGGGCAGUGCACCUGAUAUUAGCACAGAGGGUGCAGAACUGGAUAUAUCAGGUGGAGGGAGUGGUGCAAAAGGCUUGAAAGGUAGCUCAGGUUCUGUUGAAAUGAAAGGCUCUAAACUGUCAAUGGGUCUAGAAGGAGAGGUGGGCGGCCCAAUUUCACCUAAGUCGAAAUCUGCCUCAUUAGAUUUAUUCAAAAAACACAGACAUCGAUCAUCCUCGCUUAGUGAUGAUCCCGACUUAGCUAGUCCAUCCUCCCCCACAGGUCACCUUGAAGCUGAGGCAGGGGGGCUAGUCAUGGAAGGAGGUAAAGUGAAAGGAAAGAAAAGCAAGCUUAAAUUUGGCACCUUUGGAGGUUUUGGCUCUAAAUCCAAGGGAUCCUACGAAGUGACAUUUAGUGACGAGGAGUCAGGGAAAGCGCAAGGUAGUGGAGUUUCACUGUCCUCUAAAAAGUCUCGUGUCUCAUCAACAUCAAGUAGUGACAGUGGCACAAAGUCAAGCUUGAAACUCCCUAAAGUAGAAUUAGCUGUAUCACCAAAAAAAGAAUAGAAUUUGUAUAUAUGAUAUAUGCUUUUUUGUUUUUCUCAGAGUUUGUACAUAAAUAAACUUUUAUUGAGCAUAGUUCUUUUACUCUCUAGAGGCUCACACAUGCAAUACAAUAGCAUGAAAUCAAAGAUUUGCUGUGAUCUGGAAAGAAUCAGAAAAUGAGUGGUUGGUUUUGUUUAUAAAAGGAGAACUAUUUUUGUAUGGAAAAUGUAAUCACAUUUCAAACUAAUAGUAACAGCAAUUAAAGUCUACAGAUAAUUCUUUAAGUUUGCAUUAACAAGCUUAGAGCAAUAGUUUUUUUAUUCUUACUGAUUGUUUUCAGUAUUGGUAAAGGAGGGCUUUAGGCACAUGUAAUCCUUAGGCGACCUUCCUUAGUGUUUAUUCAGUUUAGAGCUUAAUUUUUAUUGGGGCUGUUUUUUGUUUUUUUUGUUUUUGAUUUUGUUUCUGUUGUAAUAAUGCUUAGAUUUUCUAAAAAAAAAAAAAAAAGGAAACCAUGUCUGCUGUGUAAACUUAGUACAUCUGUGGUACACGUGCUUGAAGACUGUAGUCUAAACUGGAUUUCAGUCAAACCCUGGAAAAAUAGAUAAUUCAAAAUUUCAUAUUAAAGGUCUUUUUAAUGUAAAAAUGAAUGUAGAUAGACACCAUUUGAUUUUUAAAAAAUUUUUAACUGAGACUUCGCUAGCGUGCUGUACCUCAGAUGUGUUAAUAAUUUCGGUCAAUGGCCAAUGUAUUAUAUAAUUCACUUCUUUGUAAAACAAGUAAGCCUUUCUUUUUUCAAAGUCUUGUUGCUAGAAACGUCCAAUUACCUUUUUGUCUCUUCUGCACUUUAAUAGAGAAAUGUGGUAAUGUAAAGAGUGGCCUUUUAAAUAAAUAAAAACAAAUAAACUGUU